CCUUCUGGGGAUUAUUCUAGUCCCACUGCGGGUCACGUGCAUGCUCUUAAUUUUGCUAAUGGCAUGGCCAUUCGCGCUGCUGGCAACGUUCUGCAACUCAGAAAAGGAGGCUGUGCCCCUUCGUGGAUGGAGAAGGAAAGUAUCCCGCUGUGCUCUCACGUUCUUCGGCCACACUUUAUUCUUUGUGAUGGGCUUCCGGGUCAAAGUGAAGGGGGAAGUAGCCAGCCCUGAAGAGGCCCCAAUCCUCGCGGUGGCGCCUCACUCAAGUUUCUUUGAUGGCAUCACCUGUAUCGUGGCUGGCAUGCCCUCGAUAGUUUCAAGGCAAGAGAACCUGGCAGUGCCCAUCAUUGGCAGGAUCCUAUAUGCACUCCAGCCAGUAGUGGUGUCCCGUGUCGACCCAGAUUCUCGGAAGAACACAAUCAAUGAAAUAACCAGACGGGCCACCUCGGGAGGUGAGUGGCCCCAGGUCUUGAUUUUCCCAGAAGGCACAUGUACAAACCGUUCAUGCCUCAUCACUUUUAAACAAGGAGCUUUUCUUCCCGGCGUUGCAGUUCAGCCGGUCCUCAUUCGGUACCCAAACAAGUUGGAUACUGUAACAUGGACUUGGCAAGGCUACAGUUUCAAAGAAGCAUUAAUCCUGACAUUGUGCCAGCUCGUCACCAAAGUUGAAGUGGAGUUUCUUCCUGUCCAUGUCCCAGGGGAGGAAGAGAAGAAAGACCCCAUCCUUUUUGCCAACCGAGUCCGUAACAGGAUGGCAAGUGCUUUGGGUGUACCGGUUACAGAUCACACCUAUGAAGACUGCCGGCUGAUGAUUUCAGCAGGACAGCUCACUCUGCCCAUGGAAGCUGGUUUAGUAGAAUUCACAAAAGUCAGCAGGAAGCUGAACCUAAAAUGGAACAACAUCAGAGAGCAGCUAGACCAGUUUGCCACCAUUGCCAGUGACGCCAAAGGCGGCCGGAUUGGGAUCGAAGAGUUUGCCAGCUACUUGAAGUUGCCCAUCUCCGACGUCCUGAAAGAGCUGUUUGCCCUUUUCGAUCGAAACGGAGAUGGCACCAUAGACUUCAGGGAAUACGUGAUUGGCUUGUCUGUUCUGUGUAACCCUGCCAAUACAGAACAGACCAUUCAAAUGGCAUUCCAGCUAUUUGACGUUGAUGAAGAUGGCACCAUAACAGAGGACGAGUUUGCCUUAAUUAUCCGUUCCUCACUUGGGCUUCCUGACCUUGAUGUUUCGAACCUCUUCAAGGAAAUAGAUGUUGACAACUCUAGAAAGCUUUCCUAUGAAGAGUUCAAGGAUUUUGCCCUGAAACAUCCUGAAUACGCCAAGCUGUUUACAACGUAUCUUGAGCUGCAGCGGGGCCAGUUAUUUACAGAGACAGAAACGAGUUGCGUGCCCGCUCCGAAAACCCCAGCGCCAUCCGAGAAAACCUCUGUGCCGAGGAAUAAAGUCUGCCCUCAGGCCGUCGAAGAUGACCAUUCUAGCGUCUCUGAUAAAAAAGAGGACUGAAUCUAAAAUGCAGAGAUAUAUUUUUCGAUUGGAGAGCCCACGUGGCACAGCGGAUAGAGCAUCAGACUAGGAUUCGCGAGACUCGAGUUCAAAUCCUUGCUCAGCCAUGGAAGCACACUGAGGGGGUGGCAGUGAUAAACCCCUUCUUGAACAUAUGUUGAAAACCCUGUAUAAGCCAGAUGGCACAUAAAAACAUAAAAACUUUUUGAUAUAUAUGAGGAUGGUCUUAAAUCUAAUUCUUAGUUCUGGUUAGAGGAGACC